AUGCUAUUUGGGGCGAGGGUGCCAGACGAAGUGGCGUUGACGGUGCUGAGCCACCUCGACGACCCGCGCGACCUGCUACGCGUGGCUGAGACCUGUCGCCGCGCCCUCCGCCUCGCCCGUGUGACAGCUGCUGGUGAGGCUGAUACCGACCACAACCGUGGCGGCACGGCGACUGGAGUCGAAGAAGAAGUUAGCGUCGUGGAGUGGCUGAGCUUCUUUGAGCGCCACAAGCGUGCCUUGGUGGCAUGCCUGCGGCCGCACUACAACUCCGACCGCAUGGCCACCGCAGUGGCCGAGGUGCUGAUGAGCCGCGAGUUCAUGACGGAUUGGCUCGUGAAGCAGCCGACCGGGCUGGAUAGCAUCAGCCACGCGCUUGUCAAGCUACCGGCACAGUUCGUCUACGACCUGCUCAUCUUUCCCCUGUUCGAGGCCCAUCUUGCUCGCACAACAUCAGUGGCGAAGCAGACGGGAACGGCGGCGAACCUCGCCUUCUGCAAGUGGUCCUCGGCGGCUAUCAUGGUCCCCACCUUCUGGCUCCAGGAGCGCCUGAAGGCCUCGCUCAGCGAGAAAUUUCUCCCUCUGCUCGCGUCGAGCCUCUUCGAUGGCGAAAUGGAACUCGACCCGGCCCGGGCGACCGACGCAGCGGUCAUUCCCCAAAAUCAGGAGCGCCUGCAGCGAGCCUGCGAUGGCAUGGUGGCGAUGAUCCAAUCGCUCCAGUUCCCGCUCGAGGCGAGGCUGAUUUGGUCGCACCUGAGAUCAUGCGUGCGCCGCCUGCAUCGCGCAACUACCAAGCCCGGCCCAGCGCGCGACCGCGCGGGUGGCGAUGUCGACACCACCGCCGCAGGGAACCAGGAAGCGACCACCGCCGUCGACGAAGUGGCCGCCAAAGAGGAGGAAGAGGACAAGGUCAGCCUGCUGGCCGUGGGCGCGAUUGCGAUCAUGCGGACGGGCUUCCCGAUGUUCAGCACGCGCCAGAUGCUCGAGAAUCUGUCGCUCCAGCAGAAGCGCAACCUGCUCAUGGCGGCCAAGAUGCUGCAGCUGCUGGUCACCCACCAGCCGGCCGGCCCGCGGGUCCAGUGGAGCAUCAGGGCGCCCCACUGGCAGUGCAUGCACGGGUGGCUCGAGGCCAACCGCCACAGCAUCGACAACGUCCUCACACUCUCCUCGACGGUGAGUGAUGAGGAACUGGUCGGACUGUUGAAAGACACCGUGAGGGUCAAGGCCGAGUCCCAGCUGAAGGUCAGCACCCGGGCUGCCGAUGGCGCGCAGUUUGAGGCGGGGCAAGCAGGCAUGUUGGAGAAGCACAUGCGGUUCUACGCACUUGACUGCUUCAGGUCCGGUGGACUCUGCCUUAGCAGCUCCGAGGCACACCCUCGCUGGCUUUUGCAGAGGAUGUACUAUCUCUUCGCCAACGUUCAGUUCACGGUCAAGCGUAAGUUUGUUAUGUCGGCGCCGAACAUGGCUGGCGGCGGUGGGUUCGAGUACGUAGAGCUGUGCGCCAAGCGGGGCUCAGGGCCGCGUGAGAUGACGCGCCUGGCCCAGCGGCCGACGGACGACGGCGGCCUGGACGGAUGGCAGAGCGAGGUGGCCUGCACCUGCCUUGCCCUCAUGGAAGAUCCCCUCACCACCGCAGGCGCCGACCAAGAGCCUACAAUGGGCUUCGCGCGUGCGGAUCCACCAGUGUGGGUGGGCGUGGCGGAGGUGGCCACGCAGGCCAUCACGUCGGGCCUGUCGGACGGGAGCAUCGAGCUGGAUGUGCCGUUCACGGCCACCACCCUGCGCCAAUACAGGGGACUCGACGACGAAGCGCCCGAAAGAGCGAAGAAGGGCGAUGAGGCGAAAGGAAAGAGCGAUAAGCGAGGAUGGCUCUGGGGACUCAUGCAAAAGCUCCACCGCUCGGGAGGCAAGGACAACUACGACGACAGCGACGAGCACGAGGAGUCCGCCAGACCGAACGUCGCGACCGGAGAGGCCGAACAAGAAGAAAAAGGAAAAGAGAAGGCGCAGGAGGAUGGUAGUCAAAAUGACGAAGCCGAAGCGAAAGGGCAAGGGGCCACACUGCGCGUGGUUGUUUCCUUUGCCUUAAGCUUGUGA